CCCCGGCAAAUAAACGACUGAGCUCGGCCGCCGCCGUCUCCGCCCCUCUGCCGCCUCAAGCUGCCGGUGACCGCAGGCCCCGCAUCCCCGCAAUUUUGGGGGUGGCGCCCCGUCAGCCAAGAGAUCAGAAUCGUCCCCGGUCCCAGCGGAAUCCGGGGCUCCCGCGUAUCAGAGACCGCACAUUUCGAAGCCGAGACCGCUGCCGGAAGCGCUGACGAUCACCGCGUUUUCCUGGCUCCCGCCCACUGGGAGGCUCUGCUUCGGCCUUGGUAAAGCCAACAGCAGCUAGCUACCUAGUCAGUUCGCCCCGGGGGGCUAGGCGGGUAUCACAUGCGUCAGCUAAAACCCGAAGUGGCGGUCGAGUUGAUAUAAACCCCUGACAUCUCAAAACAUUCUGUCUCGUCUAGUUUUUCUUAAUGCUGCGACACCAAACAUGGCCCUCAUCAACUUCAUCUUCUCGCCGUGGGCACCAGCUGCCCUGUUAGUGGCUGCUGUGGUGUACUAUAUUUACCCGUAUCUUGUGACCUACCGGCACCUCAAACACAUUCCAGCGCCGUUCCCAGCUCAGUUCUCAAAUUGGUGGUUACUCCUAGUAGCCCGCCGAGGCGACCGAUACGACACGGUCGACAAGCUGCACAAGAAGUUGGGUCCGGUUGUGCGUAUCCAGCCGAACCAUGUCAGCCUCUGCGAUGACGAGGCCAUCCAACUCGUCUACGGCCACGGCAACGGUCUCCUGAAAGCGGACUUUUACGAUGCUUUCGUGAGCAUUCAGCGCGGCCUGUUCAACACGCGGGAUCGCGCUGAGCACACGCGCAAGCGCAAGAUCGUGUCGCACACCUUCUCCGUCAAAUCGGUAGCCCAGUUCGAGCCGUACAUCCACAGCAACCUGGAGCUCUUUGUCCGCCAACUGGACAACCUCAUCUUGCGCUCCAACAACCCUGACGGCGCGGCUCACCUCGACUGCCUCAACUGGUUCAACUACCUCGCCUUUGACGUCAUCGGCGAUCUCGCUUUCGGCGCGCCGUUCGGCAUGCUGUCCUCCGGCGCCGACAUGGCCGAGGUCCGCGCUUCCCCGGAGAGCCCGCGCAUCUACGCGUCCGCCAUCGAGAUCCUCAACCGGCGCGGCGAGGUCUCCGCGGCGCUCGGCAGCCUCCCCAGCCUCAAGCCCUACGCCAAGCACUUCCCAGACCCCUUCUUCAGCCAGGGCCUCCAAGCCGUCGAGAACCUCGCCGGCAUCGCCAUCGCGCGCGUCAAGUCCCGCCUCGAAAACCCGCCCCCAUCCGAACGCAAGGACCUCCUGCAGCGACUAAUCGACGGGCGCGACGAAAAAGGCCAACCACUCGGGCGGGAGGAGCUCACAGCGGAAGCCCUAACCCAACUCAUCGCCGGCAGCGACACAACAUCCAACUCAUCAUGCGCACUACUCUUCCACGCGGUGCGCACCCCCGGAGUCAUCCAAAAACUGCAGGCCGAGCUCGACGGCGCGCUCCCCGCAGACCUGGACGUGCCGACCUUCGACAUGGUGCGCGACCUGCCCUACCUGUCCGCCGUCGUCAACGAGACCCUGCGCUUCCACUCCACCUCGGGCAUCGGCCUCCCGCGCCAGAUCCCCGCCGACGCCGCCCAGGGCAUCCAUUACCACGGCCACUACUUCCCCCCCGGGACCGUGCUGAGCGUGCCGACCUACUCGAUCCAUCACUCCAAGGAGAUUUGGGGCGCGGAUGCGGAUGAGUUCAAGCCGGAGCGAUGGGAGGAUUUGACGGCGAGGCAGAAGAAUGCGUUUAUUCCGUUUAGUUAUGGUUCGCGCGCGUGCGUGGGGCGGAAUGUGGCCGAGAUGGAGAUGAAGCUCAUCGUGGCCACGUGGUCGAGGCGGUACCAUGUUAGUUUGCGGCAGGAUUAUAUGGACACCAAGGAGGGGUUCUUGAGGAAGCCGUUGGGGUUGGAGAUUGCGUUGAAGCGGAGGAUGUGAGGGGUGGUUCGUUGGGGAUCAUAUCUCAGGGGGUUCUUCCUACCAACCCGUGACGCCUUUGACGCUGCAACGUGGGCAAUAGCC